AUGCCAUCGGGAUUUCCUACAUAUCAAGGAUCAUACUCUCCAGGGUUUCUCUCGGGUUAUCAAGAACCUAAGAUAAAGACAUCUCUUCCAGGUUUCCUUUCAUCCGACGAAGCAUUCACAUCUCGAUAUGGCAUGCCAUCGGCUAGUAGUUUCAAAACAAAGCCAACUCGGGCAAAACCAAGAAGACAAAAGGAGUCAGAAUUCCUGGUCAAUCCAACUAAGAAACCGACUCUAACCUCUUCCUCGAGCCACGAAUCUAUUGAAGAUUCGAAGCAGAAAGAAAAAGAUAUUGGGAUAAUCGAAUUCUCUAUGUCCAAUCUGCUCAAUACUAUUGGUCAAACUUCUAGAGAAGCAACGCAACCACCCCAGGUCAGCUCAACCCAACCUAUCGAGAUGAUCAAUCACUUUUCUGACACAAGUUCCAGUAGUGGCGACGAAAGUUCAGACAAAGAGUCACUCCCAAAGCAAUUUGCCAUCGGAGAAAGAUCAACUGCCCCCAAAAGAGAACCAAACAUGAAUGAGGUGUUUUCAAGCGAUGAAGAGAUGAGUUACACACGCCCCCGAAAUCAAGAACCUCCACAUAAGCAGUUCACAUCUAAAGUCAUGGUCUUUACGUUCGAUGACAUUCCUUUUGAAAAAUGGAAUGACCGACUCGACGGAUUUCAUGCAUGGAUGACUUCGGAAGCCAUUACAUCACCCCUGGAGCUAGUCAUUCAGCUAUUCACGGCACGACUAUCAGGAGCCCUCAAAGAAUGGUGGAACUCACUCGGUGAGUACCGACAUCAGCAAGUCUAUCAAACGACUAUCCCCUUGCUCCUCAGAGAGAUUCACAGAGAAUUCAUCGGUACACCUACUCACCUAAAGGAACAACUACAAGAAGAAUUCUUUUCAGCAAAAUGCUGCUCACUCAAAAAGAAGGAUCUGGCUAAACAUUUUGAACGUCAAACACGGAGGUAUUAUGCGCUUAUUGGUCUCAAUAACCCAAGCUUGAAGCAAGUCUACUUUUCCUCCAUCGACGACUACCUGAGUCAACAAACCAAGUUGUACAUCAGGGACCAAAGACAGACAAUCGAAGAAAUAUCUAUUGUUCAAAUCCAACAAUAUGUCUUCCGAACACUCGAUAAGCUCUGCAAGCAAAAAGAAUUCUGGAUGGAAUUCAUGGACAAAUCAAAGCAAUUGUCCAAGAUAUGUGCCAGGCCAGACCUCUCCAUCAAAUGUUCCAAAUCCAAGAAAAAUUGUUCAUGA